UUUCAAGAUGGCAGCCUCCAUACUAAGAGUAUGCGUGCUUCACUUAUUCCAGCGCUUCAUUUGCUGUUAAGAAUGACAACAAUGGAUCACUACGAACGUGAAGAAACAGUGGUUGCCGAGGGAGGCAUCGCGAUGCACCAGUUCCAGCCCGAGGAAGGAGAGACGGUAGAAGUACCCAAAGAUCAAGAAGAUAGACUCUUCUCCAGCCUCGGCCUGGACCUGACAGGGGUCACCACCAUGAGGGUCAAAAACGGCAGCAAAGUGCGGAACCUGCUGGGUUUUGCCUUCAAAAAGAUAAAGGAUGAAAGUACUAGACACAUCAUCUUUGCUGGUUCAGGGCCAGCCAUCAGCAAGACCAUCACAUGCGUCGAGAUCGUCAAACGCAACAUGAAGACACUCCACCAGGUCACAAAGAUUUACCACAAGAGGAUUGCCGAGUUCUGGAACCCAAAGGAAGAAGGGCUAGACAGACUCAAAGUGACCAGGCACAUACCAGCCAUUGCAAUUCUACUGUCCAAGGAAGCUCUUGAUGCCAGUGAACCUGGGUAUCAAGCACCAGGCUGCUUCAGCAAUCUGUGGACAGAUCCCACUCAAGAGAAGGGCACUAACAAGUCGCAGUCCAGGAAAAGGGCAAACGCAGACAAAUCCAGACCAACCAGAACCUCUUAUCAGUUGGGCUCAGCAUCAGACCGCUCAAGAUCAACUCCAGACAGCAGAGAAGGGAAGGCUGCUGCCAGGAAACCUUCCAAGAAAAAGAAAACGAAUGCCCAGCCCAAGAAAGAUGACACCAAGAAGUGAGCUGUGUGGUGUAGGAAUUGUCAGAAAGGGGCAGCUGUGCCACCAAAAGGGGGAGGGUGCAUGGGCGUGGCAGUGGGAGGGGCAAGAAGCGUGGUCUCCAACCUCCCCCCUAUGGAAAACUGCAGAAGAGAAUAUGAAGAAAGAAACAAGGGAAAGCAAAAAAAAAGGCAAAAAGAGGACGAAUUUCACCAGUCAACCUCAGAUUGACCCCUUUCCACCGUUUGUCAGUGUUUGUUUGGGUUUGUCAGUUUCCUGCCUGACAGUACCUUGCCUUCCCUCCCCCUGGAGAGAGCUUUUCUCCCUCUCUGAAAUUGCCCAUGGGGCACAUGAUGGACACCUCCCCCCCUGACCUUCAUGUCUGGCCCCUUCAUGCACUCCACCCUGCUUAGAAUUUGAAGGAGAAAAAUCAAACUUGAACAGACCUCUGACAAUGCUACACUUUGGCUACAUGUGUGAUUUCCUAUGGUGCUCAGUGGACUGGCUCCACAGGAAAGCGCAUAUAAGCAAAAUGUGAUGUCAUCAAGAGCAGACAGGGUGAGGGGCACUGGGGUCACCCCUCCCCCCAAAAAAAAGAGCAAAAAGGGUUUGUGAGAAAUAGUGGGAGAAAGGUGAUUUUUUUUAAUGUUUCAUUUCCCUUUCAGAAGCAUUUCAAAAUUCUCAAACGCAGCCCCACCCCUCUGAAAGUCCAUAAAAUGUCAUCAAAAAAUUAAAAAGGUGUAGCCCUCCCCCCCACCGCCCAACACUUGGAAGUCAGCAAUGCAUCACCUCAUUUUUAUGUAUACCUGUGUGACAACCCAUUGAGUGUGCCACCUCAGAAGAACGGCCCCCAAGUGCCCCUGUUGUCGCCCUUACCAAUCACACCACAGUCACUCUACUGAGUUGCAGGUGGCUGGAGUUUGAUGCUGGCAGUUGUUGAGUAGUCAGCAAGUGGUCACUGAGGUCAGAUGGUGGCCAUAGCCAGGAAGAUGCUACUUACAUGAACGGCUGGUCACUUUUUGCUUUUCGCCGAGCAGAAAGUGAGCAAGAUGCGUCAAGUCGUAAAUUCUUUGAUGGAUUAGUUAAAUGGAUAUGCCAAUUACAGUGAAUUGUGGUUAAAAUGGUCAAGAUUGAUAAAAAUGAUAAUAAUUUAUUCAUUUCUAAAGCAUAGCUUUCAUACAGAUUUGUUCAAAUGCACUGUACAAUGACAUUUGACGUUUUCAAGCCGAUGGCAUACAAGCACGCCUCAGGCAGCUGCAAAACGACCCACAUCCACUCACAUCUACAGAGAUGAGAAACAGUUGAAAGUUGGACUUAUCAGCAGUCUGGAACUUUAUGCCAAAACAUGUGUCAUACUGAGUCAAUUUCUUUCCUGGAACCAGAUUUGUGACUACCUUUUGGAGGAAUCAACUCGCCAUAUCAACUCUCUGUUAAGACACUAUCAUUUGAAAUGAUGUAUGCACGGACUGUUUGUGUCCAAGAAGUGUUUUAUCAUUGAAUUCAUCUUCCAGAGAUGUACAGUAUUAUUUACUGAAUUUCAUAUAUCAUCUAUUCCAGUAUCUUUCCUUGUCAAGGUUUAAAACUGCCUGUCCACUUCAAAUGCUUUUUUUAACUGACAUCUCCGUACCAACAUAUGUGUCCCAUUGGAUCACUUUCAUUCUCGGAAUCAAGAAUGGUGUCUAUUCAAUUUAUUUCUGCUGUACCCAAUAUUUUGGAAGAAAAUGUGUUAAGAUGUUUUUUCACCUAUGUUAAAAGAUUUAUUUAAAGAAAGGACAAUUGUAAAUUUUGACCGAGAAAAACCUGCUUGUCCAAAGUUGUUUUGCCUGCACUAGUCUAGUGGCCAGAUGAGACAGCAGAUCAAAGAUGUUUGUUUCGAGUGUGAAAUCACUUCAUUAAAUUAAAAAAAAUAUAGUCUUUAAAGUGAUCUCAA